CUUUACGUGGUGAAGGGCGUGUACGCAGAUAAUUCCACUUCGUUGCUGGUCCAUCGCGCGCCUGCAACCGAAUGUUUAAGGAGUGUUUUUGGCUUGGUAGACUUGACCAGCGUUGGUUAUCAAUUGUUCAAAACGUGCACUAGGUUCUUUACACGAUUCACGCGACACCUAAAAGUAAGCACUAAGUGGGCUAACGCAUGUGGGGCUGUUUAUGCUUCUCAAAUCAGUACUUCGUCAAUUAAGGUGAUGUGCAAAUCUAUGAAAAAUCGAUUUCGGUGGUUUGUGAUUUUUUUGCACACCACCUUGUGCAGGUUUCUCACCAAUGUUGCUUUUUUGAAGGUUCGUAGACAAACAGCCAAGUGCACGUGUUGCAGCCGAAAUCGGUUGGUGCGUCUAGACGAGGGGCGCUAUCAGAUGGGCUCUCGCAUCUACUACCUUCGCCGCUUCCGCUCGCACAUCAUGGUUCGUGUUGGUGGUGGCUGGCUCACUCUCCCCCAAUUCCUCGACCGAUAUGAUCCCUGUCGGCAAAAAGAGGGAAAUCUCGUGACUACCGUGCGCUUGUGGGUGUGUGUGUUUUUUUUUGAAAACUUGCACACUUAUUUUAUCCCUUGCUCAAGAUUACCGUUUUACACGCAACUGUUCUUAAUUAACUUUGGCAAUAAAAGAAGAUUUCCAAACCUGGAUUUGUAUUUUUAG